AUGAAAGAGAAUGAAUGCGGCGAGAAAACGCGCGUUUUGGUGGUUGGCGGUACGGGGUCGUUAGGGAGGAGGAUCGUAACGGCAUGUUUGGCUGAGGGACACGAGACUUACGUUCUGCAGCGGCCGGAGAUCGGAGUGGACAUCGAGAAGGUGCAGCUCCUUUACUCUUUCAAAAGACUCGGUGCACAUCUCAUCGAAGCCUCAUUCUCCGACCACCAGAGCCUUGUCUCCGCCGUGAAGCAAGUCGACGUUGUUGUCUCCGCCAUGUCGGGUGUCCAUUUCCGCAGCCACAACAUCCUCGUUCAGCUUAAGCUCGUCGACGCCAUCAAAGAGGCCGGUAACAUCAAGCGUUUUUUACCAUCUGAGUUCGGAAUGGACCCACCGCGUAUGGGACAUGCGCUUCCGCCGGGAAGAGAAACGUUUGAUCAAAAGAUGGAAGUACGAAAUGCGAUUGAGGCCGCCGGAAUCCCCCAUACAUACGUCGUCGGCGCUUGUUUUGCCGGAUACUUUGUAGGAAAUUUAUCUCAAAUGUUAACUUUGGUCCCUCCAAAGAAAAAUGUAAAAAUUUAUGGGGGCGGAAAUGUUAAAGUGGUAUUCGCAGAUGAAGAUGACAUCGCAAAAUAUACAGCAAAGACGCUUAACGAUCCUCGAACGGUGGAUAAAACUGUGUAUAUUAGACCUACCGACAACAUUCUCACACAAAUGGAACUAGUUCAAAUGUGGGAGAAACUAGCCGGAAAAGAAUUGGAGAAGACCAAUGUUUCUGCGGAUGACUUUCUUGCCGACCUUGAAGAUGAGAGUAAGGGUAUACCACAUCAAGCGGGAUUAGGACACUUUUAUCACGUAUUCUACGAAGGUUGUCUCACAGAUCAUGAAGUCGAAGACGACGAAGAAGUUUCUAAACUCUACCCUGAGGUGAAGUACACUCGCAUGGAUGAAUAUUUGAAAAUAUUCGUCUAA